AUGCGCUUUUUGUCUUUAUUGUUCGCUUUGUUCGCCGUGUCUUUGGCCAGCCCUAUCGCUUUGUACAGGGACCUAUUCUUCCGCGAGUACGGUGUGAUUAAGGCCAACGCCUCAAACUCCACAGCCUCCAAUUACAGCAACGCUUCUAAUGCUACCAACUCCACGUCCAGCGGUGUGAAGCCCAAGUUGGCCAUUGUCGUUACUGGCGGCUACGUCCCUCUCACGAACUACACCUCAUCGUCUGAGGUUAGCAUCACCACACUAUACAAUACUACUUCGACUUUGAACGCCUCGCAAAUUUACAACGUCGCCAACACCAUCAACAAGACCCUGGGCAGCGACAAAUACAGCGGAGUCGUCGUGCUCUCUAACGAAAACUCGGUCGAGUCCUUGGGUUUCUUGCUCAGCGUGGUCAUUGACAACUACAAGCCCGUGGUUGUCACUUCAGACGUGCUCCCCGGUCUGUUUGUGGCUUCUUCGACCGGCGCCAUAUCACGUGGUGCUCUUGUCGUGCAAGAAAACUCCAUCUACUCCGGUACCGUCUUCAACCCUCAAGCCACCGGCUGGGGCGCUGUUGGUACCGUGAGCGACAGCAACGUGGCCUGGCUAUACGCUCCAUCCACUGCGCAAUUGCUUGCCCCAUCCUCCGUCAUCAGAACUAACUACACCAACUUCACUGCUACGAACAUUUCUUCCUCCAGCCUGCCCGUCGUCCCUGUCGUUUACGACGGCCAGUACAACUCCGACUUGCUAGCCACCAUUAGCAGCAGCAUCGACGGCCUGGUGGUUGUGGCUUCUGGUAACGCCACGACCUCUACACUAACUUCCGACACUCUACCCGUGGUUUACGCCUCGGGCGACUCGUCUCUCGUGGUUCCAGCCGAUGUUCCAGCUGGCGCCAUCGCAGGUGGCUACUUGACCCCAACCAAGGCUCAAUUGCUGUUGACCGUGGCUCUAGCCAACAGUGUCAGCAAUUCGACCUUGUUGCAAUCCGUCUUCCCUUAG